AGAAUGAAGGCUGUUUGAAAGAACGAACAAUGUUCGGGCCUUGGAAUGUAUCGAUAGAAAGGCACAACAAAGCGUCCGAUUUCCUUCCUAUAUUUUAAAUAUAAUUUUGUGCCUGUAAAAUAAGAAAAGGCUCUGAUGGAAUGGUAGCGACAGUAUCUCGGUUUUUAUUGAAACGCCUGUAAUACGCGACACGCGUUUGUCGUUUUCAAAACUAGUUUCAAAAAAAACCAUCAACAACGGCGGCGAUCGGCGUUGGGGUGCAACCCGUGUUAUCAUCCGGCUAUCAUAGCACGGUGCCACCCCAGAACGGGGGUGGUGGUUCGACAUUUAGUGCCGCGGCGAUGGUGGCAGCUGCCACCGCUACGGCCACCGCCACAGCCAGCGUGGUGGCCAUGCAGGAUCGCCAAGACAUCCCUUCUCAAUUUAAUCAAAUGCAAAGCCAACAUGGAAUACCCCAUCAAACAUAUAACGCAGGGUAUGCCCAAAGAGGACCAAUGGCCGGAAUGGGGCCAGUCGGAAUGAACAACUUCAAUAGUAUGGGCACGAUGAGUCCAAUGCAUUCUAUGAAUUCCAUGAAUUCGAUGAACAGUAUGAAUAGUAUGAACUCGAUGAAUCCUAUGUCGAUGGGAGGUAUGAACGGUAUGAAUAGUAUGAACGGAAUGACUCCCAUGAGCUCUAUGAGUAACAUGGGUAAUAUGAGCAUGAACAAUAUGAUGGGACCUAACAAUAUGCAAAUGAACAAGAUGAGCAUGCAAGCUCAACCUCAUCAAGGCUAUCCAAGGAGAUUAGCACCUUAUCCAAAUCCUGCUAUGCAUAUGGCACAAAAGAGACAACAAAACCCAUAUUCAAAUCCAAACCCAGCUGCGAUGCAACCAGCCUUUAAUGGCAUGUCAUCAUCGCAAUAUCCGGCCAAUUAUCCUGCUGCAGCAAGGCCGAACUUUCAACCUCAGUAUCAGCCUAUGCAGAAUAUGAAUCCAUCGGCUGCUGGUUUUGGGCCUAAUUCUAUGAUACGAAGUAGUAAUAUGAGGCAAACUACGCCUUCAUACACUCCCAAUCAAACAGCGAAUAACCAAUAUUAUAAUAGCAAUGGUAUACCAGUUAGUAUGGGACCUACAACGGUUGGAAAUCAAUUUGUUGGUCAUCAACCAAACUCAGGAUAUGCUGGUAAUACAUCUUCGUAUGGUACAGCUGGUGUUGCAACCAGUCAAUAUCAACAAGAUGUUGCAUCAAUGAGAACGACAGGCGCAGGGAGUCUAAAUUAUCAACAUAGUCCUAUUCCUGGUAAUCCAACUCCACCAUUGACGCCAGCCACCAGUAUGCCUCCCUAUAUCAGUCCGAAUCCGGAUAUUAAGCAAUUCAAUGAAAUAAAAUCACCAAUUAAUAUUCAGAAAGAUGAUGAGCUACGAUUAACAUUCCCCGUAAGGGAUGGCAUUAUUCUUCCACCCUUCCGCUUAGAACAUAAUCUGGCUGUAAGCAAUCACGUUUUUCAAUUAAAACCCACGGUGCAUCAAACAUUGAUGUGGCGAUCCGAUCUGGAACUGCAACUUAAGUGUUUCCAUCAUGAAGAUAGACAAAUGAAUACAAAUUGGCCAGCGAGUGUACAAGUCUCUGUGAAUGCUACGCCAUUGGUUAUCGAUCGUGGUGAGAAUAAAACAUCUCAUAAGCCUUUAUACCUGAAGGACGUUUGUCAACCUGGAAGAAAUACGAUACAAAUUACUGUAUCGGCAUGUUGUUGUUCUCAUUUGUUCGUACUUCAAUUAGUUCACCGACCAAGUGUAAGAAGUGUACUUCAUGGAUUAUUACGUAAAAGAUUACUUACAGCAGAGCAUUGUAUUACUAAAAUUAAACGGAACUUUAAUAAUACCAUUUCAAAUAAUGGUAUACAAUCGGAGAAAGAUGUCGUAGAACAAACAGCACUAAAGGUAUCUUUAAAAUGUCCUAUUACUUUUAAACGUAUUACACUGCCAGCUAGGGGACAUGACUGUAAACAUAUUCAGUGCUUUGAUUUGGAAUCAUACUUACAAUUAAAUUGUGAACGAGGAUCUUGGCGAUGUCCUGUAUGCACAAAACCUGCACAACUGGAAGGUUUAGAGGUUGAUCAAUAUAUGUGGGGUAUUUUAAACACUCUAAACACUGCAGAAGUAGAAGAAGUUACGAUAGAUUCAAUGGCAAAUUGGAAACCAGCAAAAAAUUUAGCUAAUAUUAAAUCUGAAGAAGAAAGUGAUUGCAAAAGAAUGACAAAGGCAAUGUCACCUGGAAGUAUGAAUAUGCCUACUAUGAAUAAUUGGGAUAUGAAUCAAGCAAUGAGUCCAUACAUACCACCUGAUAUGAGUAGCAUUGUAAGUGGUUCUAUGAUGAAUAAUACUUCAACUACGUAUGGAAAUAAUAUCAAUCAUCGGAAUUCAUCGGGAGGAUCUUUCGAUAUUAAUUCUGGAACGAAUUCGAAUACUAGUAAUGAUUAUACUAAUGGAGCAUCAGGACCUCUUUCGCACUUAAACGAAUCAGUGAAUUCUUUAGAUCCUCUUAAUGCUAUGGAAAAAUCACUUAAUGAUCAGAUGCCACAUACACCUCAUACACCUCAUACACCUCACACACCACAUACACCAGGUGGUGGAAACAGUGGUCCACCAAGUGUUCCUCCAGCAUCUCAGGAAUCUACUGGAAAUCUUAAUACAUCUGGUAAUACAAACAUAAACAAUGAUACUGCGGAUAUACCAUCGGAUUUAAAUUUUGAUCCAGCUGCAGUAAUAGAUGGUGAAGGUACAGGUCAAGAAGCUCUAAAUCUCUUGCCAGAUAAUGUUGUGGAUCCAAUGGAAUUACUUUCAUAUUUAGAUCCACCAGAUCUGAAUACUCCACCCAGUAGUGGCGCUAGCAGUGGUAAUCCCUCAUCGAGUGAUGAUAUUUUAGCACUUUUUGAAUAAAAAUUAAUGGGCAUCUCAUAAGAGAAAUAAUCAAAUUAUGACCCUGAUCAUAAGGAACAAAAUUAUAUCGACAAGUUUGCAUCCUAAUACAGAUAUAUUUCUAAUCGAAUGAAAUUACUUGUAAUGAGCAAUUUCAAAAAUUGGGGUCAUUAUUGGGUGCUCUCACCUAAUUCAAUGGUACAAAAAAUCUUAGCUCUAAUUAUAAUAUUCCUAUCGACAAAGUUAGGGCAUAUUAUUAGAUUUAAAGACAAUGACUUUUAAUUAAUAGGUAAAA